AGCGGACCCUAACCCCAGGGUGACACUUGCGCUGAGGUCGCGUCACGGCGGGCGCGACGCGCUUGUCCUGCACGAUGCCCUCUGAUCAGAGCACCUGGCUCGUCGCUGUCCCCCACGACGGCGACGCAGACGGCCUCCACCACGACAUCGCUGCAAAGCUCCAGGCCGGCUCCAGGAACCCCGCCGCCGCACUCGCGCCCCUCUCCGUCCCGUCCUUCAAGACAGGAACACUAGACUCCCUCAUCAGCCUCUCCGAGGAGCUCCCAAAGACAGACGCCUUCUUCACCGCGACAGUCGCAAAGACCGUCGACACCCUCCGCAACCUCCUCAACAACGACCCCGCCAAGCUCCGCCAGCACGUCCAGGUCAACGACGUGCCCGUCGAUGACUACCUCCUCAGCGAGUGGCACUGGAACGAGGGCCGCUACGGCGUCCAGCGCCCGCUCCGGGACAUGGUCGACGUCCUGAGCAAGGAGAUGUCCUCAAUAGACAACGUCAUGAAGGCCAAGCUCAACAACUACAACCUCGCCAAGGGCUCCCUCGUCCAGAUGCAGCGCAAGAAGACAGGAAACCUCUCCGUCCGCUCCCUCGCCGACGUCGUCAAGAAGGAGCACUUCAUCGCCGACUCCGAGUACAUGCAGACCGUCGUCGUCGCCGUCCCCAAGAACCUCGUCAAGGACUGGACCACCAAGUACGAGCGCCUCACGCCGAUGGUCGUGCCCCGCUCGUCGACGCCCAUCGCGUCGGACGACGAGUACGCCCUGUUCUCGGCCGUCGUGUUCAAGAAGGUGCUCGAGGACUUUGUGAGCAAGUGCCGCGAGAACAAGUACAUCGUCCGCGAUUUCAUCUACUCUGACGAGGCGCUAGACAAGCAACGCGAGGAGCUCGAGCUCGCAGACUCGACCGAGAAGGAGCUCUGGACGGAGCUCCUCCAACUCUCGCGUACGAACUUCUCCGAGGCGUUCCAGCUGCUCGUGCACAUCAAGGUCCUCCGCCUCUUCAUCGAGAGCGUCCUCCGGUACGGCCUCCCCGCGUCCUACACCGGGUUCAUCAUCAAGCCCGAACCGAAGGCGACGAAACGCACGCUGCAGACGCUCCAGGCGCAGCUCGCCUACCUCGGGCGGCGCGCGAACCCGGGCUCCAAGUCCAAGAAGGACGGCGGGGAGACGGGCGACUUCGCGGGCGAGUACCAGACGCUGAUGGAGCAGGAGUACUUUGAUUUCGUGCUGUUUGAGGUGCCGUGGAUCGUCUUGUAGGAGGAGGCAUGACAUAUCCGUACCGGGAAGUGAAGGCCAGUACUGGUCGUGUGGGAUGGACGGCGUGUAAUUCAAUGAAGAUCUUGAUAGUUCAUCUGAGACAUCGUGUCGAGUGUGUAGCGUCCGAAAGAUGCAUCGUGCGGGGACGGCGUUACGCACUUCAGCAGAGCAUGUUGGGGUCUGAAAUCGUUGCUCAUGAACUUAUGGCAGAAUAUGUAUACUUCGAUAAUCGUAUGGCAGCGUGCAGCAUGCAUAAAUACCGAA